AGGAAAUGGCGGAUGGACUUUGCAAAAAGCUUCACGUCCCUGUUUUUAAUCUCUAUCUUGUUUGUUUUCUGUUCAGCAUGUAUUGUUUUAACAUCUGAUUGUGAUGGAUGUUCGUGUGUGUGUGAUGUUCAGCGCGGCGGUUCUGAUUCGGUUCGUGCUGCUGUGUUUCGGAGUUUAUCAGGAUCAGAAUCUGACAGUGAAAUACACUGACGUGGAUUAUCACGUGUUCACUGACGCCGCCAGAUUCAUCACACAGGGCACGAGUCCGUACAACCGAUCGACUUUCCGUUACACGCCGCUGCUCGCGUUCAUCCUGACGCCCAACAUCCUCCUCAACGUUCACUUCGGGAAACUGCUUUUCUGUGCCGCGGAUCUUCUGUGUGGACUCCUCGUCUUCAGGUUACUGGCUCUUCGUGGUGUGUCGCGGAGCUCCGCGCUUGUUUACUGCGGCCUGUGGCUCCUCAACCCGCUUCCCAUCGGAGUGUCGACCCGCGGGAAUGCGGAGUCUCUGCUGGCGGCGCUGGUUCUGUCCACACUUCUGUGUCUGGAGUCCAAAAGACGGACGGCUGCAGCGCUUCUGUUCGGUCUGUCUGUUCACAUGAAGAUCUAUCCGGUCACAUACGCACUGCCCAUCGUUCUCUCAUUGGCGAAACCGCCGUCUGCUCGAGGAUUCCUCCGGAACAUCAUGAGAUGUUUAAAUAAAGAUCUCGUCCUGUUUGGUGCUGUUUCUGCUUCUGUGUUCAUCAGUCUCAAUCUCACUUUCUAUUACAUGUAUGGUUGGGAAUUCCUGCACGAGUCGUAUCUGUAUCACGUGACCCGCACGGAUAUCCGUCAUAACUUUUCUCCAUAUUUCUAUAUGUUGUAUCUGACGGCGGAGCGGCAGUGGAGUGCUGGACUGUCCAUCAUCUGUUUCCUGCCGCAGUUUCUCCUGCUGCUCGUCUCUUCUCUGGCGUUUCACAGCGAUCUUCCGUUCUGUUGUUUCAUUCACACCACAGUGUUUGUCAGCUUCAACAAAGUGUGCACUUCACAGUAUUUUCUCUGGUAUCUGUGUUUACUGCCGCUGGUUUUGCCUCGUCUGAGCUUCAGUUUGACUCGAGGGUUCCUGAUGCUGCUGUUGUGGUUUGUUGGACAGGCUGUGUGGCUGAUUCCUGCGUAUUAUCUGGAGUUUGAGGCCUGGAACAGUUUUGCUGUUGUUUGGAUCGCUGGUCUGCUGUUUCUCCUCAUAAACUCCUUCAUUCUGACUCAAAUCAUCUCUCAUUACAGACCUGCAGACGUCCAGACAAAGAAAACCAACUGACAGACAAACAUUUAAACAUUCACUGUGUUUAACACGAUUGUGUUUGAGCAUUGAGACGUGUUGUACUAUAAAAUAAAACAUGAACUGUUCUGUGAAUAUUUCCAUCAUGUAAAGUUGUGAAAUAGUUUUUCAUUAAAUGGUAAAUAUUGUGUGUUUCUUUGGAACUAAAUAAGGAUAUUGAUCUGGAGAUCUUCAGAAGGCCAGCAGAUGAUGUGAGACAGCUUUUGUGUAUAUUGGAGGACAUGAUCUGUCUCACUGACCUGAUCAUGUUGCAUGAACACAAACCGUAAGUUUGAUUGGAGGAAUUAUUGAAAACGUCAUUAAUUGAGUCAAACAGAAGAGAACUGUUACUCAUGUAAAGUAUUUGUAAUCGUGUCAUUGAAUGUGUCUGAAAGUGUU